CAGGGAAGAGGAAGUUUCUGUUGUCUCCUUGCUCAAAGUUUCUUUCUUUGCUCUCUGAAUAAAUUAUUCUUUGUUUUUGAGAAUUCAGACUUUGUCAAGUCAGAUCUGGUGUCAGUCAGCCACUCCCUCUGAGGAUUGUCUCAACGUGUUCUGCAAUAAUUAACCAGCUGCUCUGGGGUUGCUACACAGGCUCACCUCCUGCUGCACCAACUGUACUUCAGACCUUUGAACGCAAACAAAUGCACAAACAUUCGACUUCUAAACAUGUAGUGGAAAUCUACAUCGUUGUUCAGAAGAUCAGACGAAAGACUGGCCAGUAGCUGAACAGAGAUGAACAAAGCUCCUCUGCCUGCAGUGAUCCAAGCAGGCAGUGGGAGGACGCUGACUAGAGCAGAGUUUUUGUCACUUUUGAACACCUACAACUGCUACCUGAAGGACCAGACUCAGCUGCAUCUCACCUAUUCUCAGGGGCAUGGAGGACAGGUGAUAGUGGAGGGCUUUCUGAACAUCUCCUGGGGAGUACGACGACCAAUCAGACUGAAGAUACAGGAUGAGAAACAGAUUCUUCCCCUUGAGUCUCCAACUUCAGUUGAUCCCACCAGUCAAAACAGCACAAGUACGAUGUCACGAUGGGGAGAACACAGUGAGGUUCACCAGAUAAAAGAGCCAGAGGCAGCACAAGAAACAGUCUUCACAGAUCCUUUACCAGAUCCUGUCAGCCCAAUCAGCCCUCUGGGGAGCAAAAGUACUAUGUCACGAUGGGGAGAAUACAGUGAGCUUCACCAGAUAGAUGAGAUGGCAGAGACAGAGGCAGCACAGGAAACGGUCGUCAAAGAUCCUUUACCAGGGCCUCCUGUUUAUGAGACUGCCACCCUGCGUCCCAUGAGGCACAGGAGCCAUGAGCUGGAGCCAGAGUCCAACCUUGUUCGCUGUAUGAGCGAUGUCUCGUUGGUGAAGAGGAGGAAGGGCAGGGGCAAGUCGGCAGCACAAAGAGAGAAAGAAAAACAGCAUCGCUUUUCUAUCAACGGACAUUUUUACAACUACAAAACCUCUAUAUUCACCCCGUCAUUUGACACUUCAACUAAAGUUCGCAUCUCUAGCAGGAUGACCACAGACCAAGUCAUCGAACAGCUGCUAAACAAGUUCAAGAUAGAAAAUGAUCCCCAGGAGUUUGCGUUGUACUGCAUUCACCAGAGUGGAGAAAAAAAAAAGCUGAGUCACAGGGAUCAUCCACUGUGGGAACGAAUCCUGCAGGGUCCCUCUGAUGACAUCAUGAAGAUCUUCCUGAUGGACAUGCAUGAAGAAGAAGUCAGCAAUGAUGUUGCUCAGUAUCUGAACUUGGAGCUACCCAUCUUGGAUCAGUUUCUGCUCAAACUCAGAGAGGAGGAAAACAGAGAGAUUCAAAGGGUCAUCAACAAGUACCAACACCAGCACAGACUGCUGUCCCAUAUGCUGAGCUUUAAGAUGUCCCCUCACAUAGAGACCAGUGUCUGACCACUUCCGAACUCAGUGAAAGGAAGAAAAAGUAUCUCUGAGGAACUAAAAACAUCUGAAAAACUUUGUUUUUUUUUUCAUAACAUUUGGACAAUGAAAAAGAUUUUGGAAAAUAAAAUAUAAAAAAAAUAAAUAAAAAAAAACAUGUGAUACAGAGGGAAUUAAAUUUACAGCUAUUUUCCAUAAAACAUUUUUUUUAAGAAAAACUGUGAAGUAUUCAGUUGCAAAUUUUGGUGCCAAUAUGUUUAUUUCUUAGACUUACUGAAUUAAAAAAGUGACAAAUAUAAACUUUGGGUGUUGUUAGUACAGAUUGCAUACCACAAAUUUAUAUCUGAAUUGCUUAGUAUGUAUCAGAACAAAUGAAGAUUAUGUGCCAUAAAAAUCUCAUGAAAGAUCUGUGUGGAAUUUAAAAAGUUUCUCAUCUCUGUGAGAUAAAAUAAAAUAUAUGAUUUAUGUGA